AUGGCGUGGGAUCCACCCUUGCAGCAUCCUCUCUCCUGGGCGACGUCUUCCUCCCUCUUCUUGUCCUGCUCGAGAGCUGCCAUGGCACAGUUAAUCGAGGCCACCACAGAACCCCCAAAAAAGAAACCGGACCCUGUCACUUCGGAGACGGUGGUGAUCUGGGGGCUGCGCCUCUGGCAGGUGAUUGGUAUCUUUGCCAUCUUUGUCCUGGCAGUCAUUAUCACGCUCUGCUGUAUCUUCAAGUGCCGGAUUCCCCGGACAAAGAAAGAGAUUGAGGCACGAUAUGCUCAACGGCAAGCAGCCAAGACAUAUGCAGACAAGCUGGAGACUGUGCCACCGCUCAAUGAGCUGACGGAGAUCCCUGGAGGCUCUGCUGAAACUCUCCUAACUCUCUCUGGUCAUGUCCAGUCCAGACCUCUCAAGUCCUUGCCUGUGGUGAAAGAAGAAGAUGAAAUGACCCUGCAAGGAAAUUAG